AUGGCUUGUCUGGCCGAGUACAACAAAGUUAACAAAGUUAUUAAACUGAACCACCAAAUUCAAGAGUAUCUAAACACUAAGACGAUGGAUCGCCAGCUGGAUUUCAGGCAAAUCGCUGCUCGUUUCCUGGACUUAUACAAGCAGAAAGUUGUCAGGACGACAAGAAACAUAUCUGAUUCUCAAAGGUUUCAAUCUUUAAUUAGAUCAAAUGAAUUCGCAAGAAACAUAUUCAGUCUCAGCCAAAACCUCUGCAGUCGAUACGAGAAUGAUAUUUGGCAAGCUCGGGUGCUAGACUGCAUUGACCUUGAAACUAUCUACUCCAAUGUCGAAGCCAUGCAAGGCUCCGAGGAUGAUUAUCUGGAUAGACUAGUUAAGGAGCUGCUAAGGUACUUCAAGAGAGACUUCUUUAAGUGGUGCGAUAAGCCUGAAUGCUCUAAUUGUUGUGAUUCUGAGCACCAAACGGUGGUUGGCCACCAGGGGCCAAAUGCUGAAGAGAGGAGAUUUGAUUGUGGGGUGGUAGAAACAUACAAAUGCCAGAGCUGCGGUUCAAUCACUAGAUUUCCCAGAUACAAUGACCCAGUCAAGCUUCUUGAGACACGAAAGGGUCGCUGUGGUGAAUGGUGUAAUUUAUUCAUGCUCUUUUUGAAGGCAUUUGGUAUAGAAUCUCGCUACGUUUGGAAUCGUGAGGAUCAUGUGUGGUGUGAGUUCUAUUCUACGCAUCUGAAGAGGUGGGUUCAUGUCGACUCUUGUGAGCAGAGCUUUGAUGAGCCUCAUAUAUACUCCAACAAUUGGGGCAAGCAUAUGAGUUACGCGAUCGCUUUUGGAAGGGGUGGCUGCUCAGAAGUUAGCAAAAGGUACAUUGUUAAGAACCAGCUACCUAGAGAUCAGAUCUCUGAGGAUGACCUACAGUUUCUUUUGAGCUUCAUUACUAAACGCCUUAGGAUGAACUUGAGUGAUAGUGAAAUCUACAAACUCUCUUGCAGAGACGAGCAAGAGCGCCUACAGUUAAUGAAAGGGGAUAGUACUGAUCGCCAAGCGACAGGAAGCAGCUCCGUACCUCAGGGAAGGCAAAGUGGCUCAGCAUCAUGGAAAAGUACACGAGGCGAAGAUGGAAAACGGUGA